UCCCUCCUAGUAUAAAACUACCCUCAUCCAACACUUCUCUACUGUCACUAAACCUACUAAACGUAAUCCCUUACAAUUACAGUGCCAACUUUUGGAUUAACACUGUGCACAAAUGCAGAAACGAAAAGCAGGGAGGAAGAAGUUCCAUGAGACACGUCACCCUGUGUACAAAGGUGUGAGACAGAGGAACGGGAAAUGGGUGUCUGAGUUACGACAACCUAAUAACAAAAACGCACGUGUGUGGCUUGGAACCUUCGCACGCCCCGACAUGGCCGCUGUUGCUUACGACGUUGCUGCUUUGGCUUUCAAGGGUGAUCGCGCUUCCUUGAACUUCCCCGACGCGAUUUCUUCAUUGCCGCGUCUCAACUCGGCUACCUCCUCUGUCCAGGCGAUUCAGUUUGCCGCCACACAAGCAGCGGAGAAGCACUUUUCUUGCGCCGAGCUUCAAAAGCUGGGGGACGAUGUUUCUUCGGAGGGAGGUUCUGGAAGCUUCUCUUGGGAUGAGGAUUCUUCGGAGCUGUCGUCGGAAGAAGGUUCUAGAAAGUUCUUUUGGGAUGAGGAGGAAGUGUUUAACAUGCCGGAGUUGUUGAAUAGCAUGGCCGAAGCGUUGAUCAUUACACCCCCUGCUUUACAAAAAGGAUUCAAUUGGGUUGGUGGGGAAACCACUGUAGAUUUGACUCUGUGGUGAAACUCAUGACCACUUGGGUAAAUUCAGAAGAUUAUGGAAGGUUGAGAUUUGUUCAAAAGAAACAAUCUUUGAUGUACCAUAUUUUUGCAAUAGAUUGAGAAUGUGAUAUCUUUCAAAAUAACUUCAAAAUAUUAUUAAUGAAUACUGAGU